AUGGGUUAUCUCGAGGACGAGGACAAGAAGUACUUGGACGACGUCCAGGCCGUCAAUGCCUGGUGGACCGAUUCCAGAUGGCGACACACCAAGCGCCCUUUCUCCGCAGAGCAGAUUGUGGCCAAGCGUGGGAACUUGAAGAUCGAGUACCCAUCAAAUGUCCAGAGCAAGAAGCUCUGGAAAAUUUUGGAGAGCAACUUCGAGAACAAAGUUGCUAGCUUCACUUACGGUUGUCUCGAACCCACAAUGGUCACACAAAUGGCAAAGUACCUUGACACCGUCUAUGUCUCUGGCUGGCAGAGCUCUUCCACUGCUUCCUCUACCGAUGAGCCGUCCCCGGAUCUUGCUGACUACCCCAUGAACACUGUGCCAAACAAGGUAAACCAGCUCUGGAUGGCUCAGCUGUUCCAUGACCGGAAACAGCGCGAGGAACGGAUCACAACACCCAAGGAGAAGCGCGGAAAUGUGGCAAACGUUGACUACCUGCGUCCCAUUAUUGCUGACGCUGAUACUGGACAUGGUGGUUUGACUGCGGUUAUGAAGUUGACCAAGCUGUUUGUUGAGCGCGGUGCUGCUGGUAUCCACAUUGAAGACCAGGCUCCUGGUACCAAGAAGUGUGGCCACAUGGCUGGAAAGGUUCUUGUGCCCAUUAGCGAGCACAUCAACCGUUUGGUCGCCAUCCGUGCGCAGGCAGAUAUUAUGGGCACCGAUCUUCUUGCCAUUGCCAGAACCGACGCGGAAGCUGCUACUCUCAUCACCUCUACAAUCGAUCACCGUGACCAUGCCUUCAUCGUCGGCUCGACCAACCCUAACCUCAAGCCUCUCGUGGAUCUCAUGGUGGCCGCUGAACAAGCUGGCAAGCAGGGAGAUGAACUCCAAGCUAUCGAAGACCAGUGGGUUGCUCAGGCUGGCCUGAAGCUUUUCAACGAUGCUGUCAUUGAGGUCAUCAACAAGGGUGCUCACUCUAACAAGCAAUCCCUCGUUGAUCAAUACCUGAAGGCCGCCAAGGGCAAGAGCAACCUUGAAGCUCGCGCGAUCGCCAAGAACAUUACUGGACAGGAUAUUUACUGGAACUGGGAUGCUCCUCGCACCCGUGAGGGUUACUACCGGCUCCAGGGUGGCACCCAGUGUGCCAUCAACCGUGGUCUUGCUUACGCUCCAUUCGCCGACCUUAUCUGGAUGGAGAGCAAGCUUCCCGACUACGCCCAGGCGAAGGAGUUUGCCGAAGGCAUUCACGCUGUUUGGCCCGAGCAAAAACUUGCCUACAACUUGUCGCCUUCGUUCAACUGGAAGAAGGCCAUGCCACGCGAUGAGCAGGAGACGUACAUCAAGCGCCUGGGUGCUCUGGGUUACUGCUGGCAGUUCAUCACCCUGGCUGGUCUGCACACCACCGCCCUCAUUUCUGACCAGUUCGCCAAGGCCUAUUCCAAGCAUGGCAUGCGUGCCUAUGGCGAAUUGGUCCAAGAGCCGGAGAUGGAGCAGGGAGUCGAUGUGGUUACCCACCAGAAAUGGAGUGGAGCCAACUAUGUGGAUAACCUCCUGAAGAUGGUCACCGGUGGUGUGAGCAGCACUGCGGCCAUGGGCAAGGGUGUGACGGAAGAUCAGUUCAAGCACUGAGCUUAGCUCACAAACCGCUUUUGAUGAUUCUUUUUUUUUUUGUUUUUAGCCGACUUUGAGUACCCACCAGGAGUUUUUGAUGUAUAGAUUAUAGCUUCCUUGAUGAAAAGGAUCGAUUUUCAUAGCAUGAUCUAGUUAUCGCAUUCUUCUUUUUUUUUCUUGUAAAAUCUGACUCCUUGACUGUAAAGAGUAGAUAGUACUACAGCACUACAAGGUCCUGUGGGAACCGAAACGACGCUAUUAAAGAGAAAGGCGGUCUGGGAUAGAUCUGCGCUAGUGAGACCUUUGGACCUCAUAGCUCGAUAACGGUCCUUUACUGGUAAAUCGCACACCUUCUAUCUCCACGAAAACAUAUUCUAUCAAUGUAGUAAUGAAAAGCAACAGUGCUUUAAUUGGAUCCACCCAUCCUAGAAAGUUAAUUUUAAAAUCUGAACUUUGGCAAUUCCGAUCCAUUGAUCCUCCAAAAGAUACAAAAUCCGAUGAACAACUUCAGAAAGUGUUCAAAAAUUCUGCCAACCCCGCGUUGUACCGCGGCUAGCCGUCUCCUGCCAUUGAUCCUUAUCAAGUUCCCCCACAUGUGAAUAUAUACAUCAACGAAACUAACUCGUU